UAAGUAAUUAGAAAAACAAUUGAGAAGAUACAAAAAUCAAGAAAUUAAAAACUUAAAAAUCAAACGUAUUCUUAACAGUAUUAUUAACACGUAACUAACCAACCCCCUGCAACGCUUAGUUCCAUUAAGUUUAUUGAUAACUUAAAACUUAUUAGGAAUAAAGAGAAAAUUUUAAAUAAAAAAUAAAGAUAGUAAACAAAUUCAUAUUAAAAAAUUCGAAGAACUAUUUGAAAAAAAAUUCAUACUUUAAAUCAUUUUUAUUAAAAAGAAAAACAAAAUGUCCUGCAUUUCAAGCAAUUUUAGUUCAUUCUUUUUAAACUCAUUAAAUGACCCUUCUGAAUUCGCUAAAUAUUUAAGCAAUGGCGAGUUAAAAUUUUCAAAUUUUGAGGAUAUACAAGUUAUUGGUUCACAACACCAUCAUCAACAACAACAACAUCAGCAGCAGCAACAACAACAACUGCAACAAAACGGCAAUAAUAUUGCGUUUUAUAAUAAUGGCGUAAACAGUGGUGUAAACAAUAACAAUGUAAAUAGUAGUAAUAGCAGCACUAACAGCAGAGUUGUAGUGUCGGAGCAUAGUGUAGGCGCAGUCACAGCAGGAGGUCAAAACAAUACAGAUAUAUAUAAUAAUGCCACACAUAUGGAAACCAAUAAUUAUGCACACCAAACGCAAGCAACGCCAGCGGCGCACCAUUCUCAACAACAGCAACAGCAAGUAGCACACCAACAACAUCACCACCCUGCCUCCCAACAGCAACAUUAUGUGCAUGGGCAUCCGCAACAAUCGUCAACCGCCAACUUUCAUCAUAAUCAACACAUAGCUGCGAACGGCAGCGUUACGCAUCAUAAUCUACCUAAUACUACAAAUCAGGCAAUACCUCAAGGUUUUAAUCCAGCUCAACGCUGGGCCAACAUGGCCAAUUCAAAUCACAGUCCAGCUGGUAUGCAACAACAACAACACAACAAUCAUGCAAUCACUUCAAAUCCUCAACAUCCUCAACAUCCUCAUCAAACGGCAAGUAAUGGCGCACAACAUUUUGAUGGUUCCUUUGAAUUCCUUAAGUAUUUACGUCACUCCAAUGACUACAGCGAAUCCUCAAAUGAUACAAAUUCCACAAAUACACCUGCAAACAAUACAAACCCAACCAUAAGUAAUCAACAUCAACAACAGUCAGCACUAAAUAAUAGCUUAAUUGAUCUGGAUAGCAGUACCACACAAAAAUCGCGUUCAUCACGCAAAGUAGCCGCAUUAUUGUCUUCCGUUUCUCGUGCAUCCAACAGUCUAGAUUCUUCAAACACAAUGGACGACGUUUUCGAUCAUGACUCCAAGCACACCAUUUUUGACUUACAUCACGUAACGAAUAGUUCAAAUUCAAAUGAAAUGGAAGUAUCGAACUUAGCUUUCCCCAAUUCGCACUUGAAUGCUUCCAAUUCGAACACUUCGUCAGAGGGCGCUGCUGCUGGCAGCAAUGAUUUUGCAAUUAUAAAUUCAGCGUCAAAUGCACCUAAACCAUUGGCUACCUUUGCAAUUAAGGAAAACUUUGAAGUACAUCCCUCUCAUAAAAUCGAAGAAGGCAUUUUCCAGCAUAUGAAUAAGUUGCCAUCAAAGAAAAAGGAGAACCUAAAGCAGUUGGGCGUGCGCUUCACCGGUCAAAUGAAUUUGUAUGAUAAAUCGAUAGUUGUGGAAAACUUUAUUAAAUUUUGCCAAGAGUAUGACAUCAAGGAUCAUCGACCAUUUCUUUCUCUUAAUCAAAGUGGCCUAAACAAACCGGAACAAAUAAAAUUCGCUCGCUACCUAGGACAAGGCUUACCAACAUUUACACUAUUUUGCAUUUACAGUAAUUUUAAAAAUUUAUUUUGCACAAAACGUACAGAAAUUUAUACGAAAGAUGGCUAUAAUUUGCCUUAUAUACUUGACAAAACGAAGCGCUUCCUAGCAAAUACUACAGCCGAUUUGAAAAAUAUGGUACAUCAGCAAUCAAAUGAUGGCUUAGAUUUUGCAUCAAUGAGUAAUACUAGUCUAGCCAAUAUAGAUCAGCUGCCAAAAUGUGUUAUUAUGCCAAGACCUUUGGAUAAUUUGGUGAUUUAUGAAAACUUUGAUGUGCAUGAAACACAUAGGGUUGAGGAUGGGGUGUGUACACAUAUAACACGACUACCGCCUAAAAAGCAGGAGCUCUUUAAACAGUUCGGUAUUCAAAACAAUCAAACCGUAACGUAUUAUGAAAAGUACAUAAUCAUCGAGAACUUCAUCAAAUUCUGCAAUGAAUAUAAGAUAUCCGAUCAUAGACCCUUUUUGGACUUCCAUGAGAGUGGCUUUCCCAAAUGUGAACAACUUAAAUUUGUACGGUACUUGGGACAGGGAUUACCCAAUUUAACAUUAAACAAAAUUUACUUGACCUUCAAGGAUGUGCUUGGGUUAAAUCGCAUUGAAAAAAUUACUGUGGAUGGUUAUAAUUUGGACGUUAUUUUGAAGAAAAAAAAGAAGAAUAUUUAUAAUCGCAUGCAUGCUACAGUUCAUAAAGAGAGCACGGAAGCUGCAAGGCAAGGACAUCAAAUGUUCUCCACUUAACAAUAGCGUUCUUUAAAAAAGAGAACUCUAACUGAUAGCGGAAAUCAGUGCAUAACUGCCUGGUAUUCUAGUUUUGUUAAUUAUUUUGUUUCCAUAGGUUUUGGAUUAUGUUAUCUGGUGAAAGAAAAAUUUAAUGUAAGAGAAAAUUAUCUGGAAUUGGACCAGAAACUGUUGUGUCUUCGAAAAAUCAAGCAAAACAUUAUAUGCUAACAAUAAGUGCUAAAUUUAAAAAACAAAAUUAUCAAAUAAAUAAUAUUAAUUUAAAAGGAAACAAAUACAAAAAAUAUUUAAAUGCAUAUUUUUUAAGCAUACAAAGGA